GUAUCUAGUAGUCGUUAGCGCGAGGUGAUGUUUCAAUAUGGAAAUGCUCGUCCUUUUAAGAAUUUUUCUUUAAAUAGUUUUAAGUUAGUAUUUAUCUGUUGCUGUGUUUAAUUUGAUUUCAAGAAUGUUUCAUUUUCAGUUUUCACGCAUGAAUGUGUCUUUUUGUCAAGUGAUUUAUCGAAGAAUAAGAAACUAAUUUUUCCUUCCGGUGAUUCAAAACACAACCAAACAGUGCAGUUUUUAUUGUGUUUACCAGUGAAAUAUGUCGAUAUCAGGAUCUUGAAUAUAUAAUUCUGAUGGAUGAUAUACAAUCAUGGUGGGAAGUACCAAGUAUUGCCCACUUUUGUUCCCUUUUUCGUGUUGCAUUUAAUCUUCUAGAUUUUGAUAUUGAGGAACUAGAAGAAGCUCUUCUAACUGAUGGAACAGAAGAUAGUGGCAGUUCUCUUCUUCAAGAAUUGAUUGUUAGAUUGCUCUGUGGCUGCCUUGGUAACAAUGGAAUAUCCACAUUUAACUACCAGAUGUUUCUGCGACGGCUCUUCCGUCAAAAGUGCCGGGAGUAUGGGAAAGAAAACCCUUUCAAUUCAGACAUCGACUUCCAGUUCCUGCCUUUACGCACUAAGGUUGAAAUAUUGCAUGCCCUCUGUGAUUUCCGACUGGAUGCUGAAGAUGUCCUUGAUGUUCUCAAGAACCUGGAUUCGGACAGUCUACGAGUGCAUCCUCUUGGAUAUGAUGAGAACAGAUCAGCGUAUUGGUACUUCUAUGGGACUCGACUUUACAGAGAAGACUACCCCAAAGCAGCUAAAAGGAAAAAAAAGAAAGCAAGAGAGAAAAAGCAUGGGCGGAAGUCGCGCAGCGAAAGUGAGUCAUCGGAACCUGAGAUGGGCUGUGGUGAGUGGCAGGUGGUCUGCUACACGGAGAGUGACUGGGAGCGACUGGCCAUCAGAAUGGAGGACUCUCAGUGUAAGGAGGAGCGCGCCUUGCACACUGUGCUAGCAGAGGACUUUCUGCCAGAGAUACCCAGACUGUUCGAGGAGAAGGAACGGCUGCAACGGAAACGGUUAUUGGAAAUGCAGCCACGGAGGCAGUCUUCUCGUCUUGAAAAAUUAAAACACCAAAAAGAAGUUGAAAAGAAGGCUCAAGUUAAGGAUGAAAUGUCAAAGAAAGAAGAAAAGGAUAAGAAAGAAAAGGAAAGAAUUGAAAGGGACGCAAGGAGAGCGCGGGAGCAUCGUGCCAAACUCCGGUCACGAUCUCACACCAACUCCGAGUGCAGCUCUAGCAGCCAGAUGGACGGGACAGCCAAACCCCGGGCCAGACAGACCAACAACUCCUUGUCCUCUGCUACCGGCCAGAUAAUCAUCCAGCCUUCCCGACAGAAGCUGCGUACUUCUCAAGUAUUUCGGCAAAGCGUUGAGGAUCUGCAAACAGGUCUUUACAAAAUUCUGGACCGUCUGAAAAACCACGAAGAUGCCUGGCCGUUCCUGGAUCCCGUGGAAGAGGAGUAUGCGCCGCGCUACUACUCAGUAAUUGCCAAGCCUAUGGACCUCCAGAGGAUGGAAGACAAACUUGAUGCGGGGGAGUAUUCGUCUUUCAACGAUUUCAAGUCGGACUUUCAACUCAUAGUGGACAAUUGUCGACAAUAUAAUGGAUCCGAAAAUGAAUACACUGAAAUGGUCGGAAAACUACAAGAAGCAUUUGAUGCUGCUGUCGAUCGGUACUUGGAAACUGAAAUAUCCACUGAUGAAGAGGUGGCAGUGGAGUUUCCUGGAGAGCAAAAAGGAAGAAGAAGAAAAACAUCUCAAGCUUCUAAACACUCACCUGCACCAAGUCACAGGAGCAAUGAGAGUGACAACGAAAUAGAGAAUGCAGAGACUGUUAAAGAAGAGUCUGAUGUUGAGGACAGCCAAAAAGACACAGAGAGUCAGAGUAGUGAAACAAGGAGCAGGUACAAAGGUCCCAAGAAAACUCUGGAAACCAAACGGCCAGGGAAAAAGCCAGUUGCGAUAAAAAAUGUAACCGACAUUGAAGCUCUAGAACUGGCAACCGAACAAACAUUGAAGGACAUCAAUAAAUGGUUGGAUGACACUCCCAAGUUCUCCGAGUUCUCAUCAGCCAGUAACUCGCCCUCUCAACUCCCUUUGGUAGAAGACUGUGAUGGAGUUGCAGCUCGUAUCGAAAAUGAGUACCGAGCUCGGCUCAAAAUGCGAUCAAAAGAUAAAGUGGAUUUUACAAGAAGAAGAUUUUUUAAAGAUCAUGGGUCAAUAAAAAGAAGGAGAGAAAUACAGAGAACUAUUGAUAGACUUCAGCCAGGAAAAAGUAAAGGCAACCUGCUGUCUAAUUUGGGAGCCAUAAAAAACGAAGAAUCUGCUAAUACUGGUGGACUAGUUGGAACAAAACUAAAAGACCAAAAGGUUGAAAAGAGUGACAAGUGUGACGAAACUGCGCCAAAGCUGAGUUUAGGUACCGUUUUAAAUAGCGAUGUGAUUGGUUUUGGGCAGCAUAGUUUUGAACAUUCAGACUCUGAUGUAAUGAAAAAAGACUCUGAUUCUCAAGAGGAUUCUAAUGAUGAAAAGCCUUUGUUAGUGGAAGAAGAUGAGAAGAAUUCUCCAGAAAAUGAAGAGAAACCUCAGGAAGAGGAUAUAGUUUCAACAAAAAAGUUAAAAGAAGAUUCAUCUCCGUUGGCUAAUUCAUUUGAGAAGAAAACCACUCCUACCAGCAAUGUUUCUUCUAAAUUAGAAAAGUCAUCUACUCCAAACUUAAGUGCCUGGUUUAAAGCAUUUGGUUUACCAAAGUCUCAGCCAACUACAAAGAAGAAAACUGAACCAGCUGAAGAAAACAAAGAUAAACUUGAACCCUCAAAAAUGAUUGCCAAAGACAAUGAUGAAAUUAUUUCUGUGGACGAUGAGAAAGAAAAGAAGGUAGGUAUAGUUCCUCCUCUGGUUUCACCCGCUAGGAGACAACGAAAAGCGAGUACAGGAAGUAGUGUUUCUGAAAGAUCCUCUUUCAGUCAAGAUCCUACAGAUCCUUUAAUAGACGGCUCUUCACCAAGACCUAGUCUUGAUGAACCCUACCUUUCACCUCAGGCUGAUCCAAGUAAAACCCCUUACCAUCAUUCACCUGUAAAUGGAACAAUAAGAGUCGGAUUCUACCAGGAUACAUCAUUUCCGAGAGGAAGUUCGGAUAAAAGUAGUAGUCCACGAGAACCUCCUACACCAAACUGUAGCCCAAGAGAACCCCCUAGUUGUUCACCAAGAGAUAUUCCGAGUUGCAGUCCAAGAGAACCUAUGGCUAGUCCUAAAUCUGAUUACCCACCUCUAUACAGUGCGGCUUCACUACCUUAUCAAUCACCGUCUGUUAACAGUUAUGAUGCACCUUUAUCUCCUUAUCCGGCUCACAUGUCAUACUAUGACACCAGUAAAUCUUUGACUGAUCAGUAUAGAUCUUCUCAACCUGUAACUGAAAAGUCCAUUUCAUCGACUUAUCCUGUGAAGAAGAGGAUUUACAGUGAAGUUGAAUCGACUGCAAGAUCGAGUCCCGAAAUGAAUACUGCGUACAGAGGUGGAUCUUUCACUCCUACAAGAAAUGCAAUUGAGAAUGACAGGAGCUUUACACCUACGCCAGGACGAAUACCGACUCAACCGAACUCGAGGCAUACUUAUGCACCAGAGGCGUUAGCGUUGGGUUUACACGGUAUCAGUCAACAUCUAAUAGAUCAUUAUACAGAAGAAAGGUUACUGUCUUCUUCAUAUUUUGGAGGAGAAGGCAUUUAUGGAAAAAAUACACCAUCUACCACUACUAUUCCACAUCCGAUGUUUCCACCACCUAGUGGUGUGAUGACUUCUGCCGGAUAUUCUAGGGAUGACUACUCAAGAACUAAUUUCUCAGAAACGAGACCAGUAAAAGUCAGUGAAAGUUCAGUAUCUUACUCAAACACGUUGGCUCCCACAACUCAGACCCCUGUGAUAAACUAUUCUGGACGAAAUUCAGAAAUGAUGUCUCCCAACAAUCCGAGGUCAUCCUCACCCUUAAAUUAUUCUAAUAACCCCAGUAGCAAUUCACUUUCAAUUAAAACCAGUUCACAAUCAAAUGUGAAUUACAUGAAUAGAACGACUCCUCAGGGUCCAACUAAAGCGAAUGAAUCUCCUUUAGAUUUUGCCAAGGCUUCGCAAAAUGAUAAAGCUAAAGGAAAAGAUAACACAGUAUUAUCUUAUCCUGGCAACCGACAAAUCGGUGAAGUGUUACCGCCCAAGGUAAGUUCACCUUAUAGUAGGACAAUUUCUGAGUUGUCAGCUCCGAGCAUAAACUUCAACCAUUCACAAGACUUAGUCAGUGGAAAGCUGAGUGUACCUCCUUCACCACUAAGUUACCCUACACAACAAGACAUACUUGCCGGAAAAGUGAACUAUAGCCAUCCGAUGUCAGAUUUGGCCAGGUUUAACUAUCAACACGGUGUUCACGGUGUCGGCUUUAACCAUCCCAUGUCUGAUCUCAUUCAGGCCAAAGCUUCCUCUGGGAGUUAUUCCAACAGACCUGUGGACCUGAUGACUGCCGGAUACAAUAGGCCCAUUGCGGAUUUGCUGCCGACCAGAGAAGUCGCGUAUCAGUCGGUAUCAAGAUCAAAUGUUAUCAGCAAGCCGUCUGAUCCUGUCCCGGCCAAGCCGCUUGUGGCGAAGAAAUCGAGUAAAAAACGAAAAAGUAGUGAUACACUCUCUGGAAUGUCAACAGGAUUCCAGCAAUAUUUAGGGCAGUCAUCGUCAGAAGCAAUAGCUUUGAAAACAUCUAGUGUUGUACCAGGAAGUGCCUUUAAUUUUGGCCCUGCGCCACUCAAAGACAGUUACACUUCGUACCUGGAAGAUAUGCGUACCUCAGGUUAUUUUGCCCCUCACCCCGACACAAGUGCGAGCACAAAAAGUUCCUCACCAGGACCCCACCCACCCGCCUCACCUUUCCAAUAUUUAAGCCAUCCCUCUUCACGACCAUUGUCUUACCCGCACCCCUUCAUGGAUGCUUCUUACCAACAGUUUAUUCAGAAACAUCCUGAAGAGCUACUGAGGCCUAUGGUACUACAUCAAGGGCUUCUACCACCCACCGGCUACCCUCCUGGCUACCUUGGAAUGCAUGAUGCAAUCAACCGGUCAUCCUGGUUAUGAAGUUUUUUUAAUUUAUUUCAUGUGUUAUUCAAACUUGUGAUGAUAUCCUCACAAGUUGGUAAAAACUACUUAAAUUUAUAUCAACAUGCCGUUUUGGACAAAUACCACCUCUGCAUGUUAGGUUCAAAGUACUAUUGAUGCAGUAAAAUCUUUAGUUAAUGUGAUGUAAGCUUGCAGAUUUCUCCUUACCUUUCCAAAAUGUACCCAAAAAGCUAAUAAAAUUUCAUAUCACAAAAUUUCAGGUCAUUCGAUAUCACAGAUUUAUACAAAACAUUUUCACUAAACAAGUUUUAAAUUGGUUACUAUUUUAUUAAUAUUUCUUAUAUACACGAAUAUUAUAUGCCUUUGUAAUUGCAGCCAGUAUUGUUUGCAAGUUAUAUCGAACUACAGCUUUAAAAUUACAAGUAGACUGAUUAUUUCAGGUUUUAUUGUGUCUACCUUUUGUAUAGUGUUACUGUUUACUCUUAGUUUCUCUUGUAUAAGUAACAAUUGCUGUGAACCUUUUAGAUGUUAAUACAUAUUAUGUACGGGUUUUACUGCUAAAAAAUUGUGUUUUUUUUUUAAGAAAAACUUAAAAACACCAAAUACUUUUUGUUCUACAAUUGGGUUUAGUAGAUUUGACAUACAGUAUUAAAUGAAAUAUUCUUCGUUGGCAAUUUUUCCUUCUUCAAAUCAAAUAAAUUAGAUUUUGUAAUAAUUAAUACUUUUAUCAGAAUAAAAAUUUAACUUUCAAAAGUAAUUUUUGUGAAAUAUUAGUUUAAGGUGCAUAUGAUAUAAAAAGGACCAUUAUCAGUUUUAUAGUGUUUAUUACAGGCAUGAAAUUGGUUCAAUACCAGGCCAAAAAAAUUAAAUUCUUAACAAGAAAUUGUUACCUGGAUUACUUUAGCUCAUAAUUUUGUUCCAACAGCUUACAUAUAAAAUUCUGUUAAAUAUCAAGACAGGAUUUAGCUAUGUACAACAAUCUUGCAAAAUAUGUAUCAUUUGCUCAAAAUUAAAAUACUAGAAUAAAAUACUUAUAAUAAUGUUUACAAUAAAUACAUAAACAAAAAAUAUAUACAAUUAAAACAUGCAAAAAUUUAGAAUUAUAAAAAUCUAAAUUAUAAAACUUAAGUUAUUGCUUUAUGCAAUAUAAAAAUAGUAAAGUCUUGAGUAUCUAUGUAAUUGAUUGGUAUAGUUAAUUGUGUGGAUAAUGUGCAAAAUUGCCAAAUAGGUGCAAAGUAUCUGAUAGUGGAAAUGGUGACUGGACUUAAUUCAGUUAAUAUUAUAAUGGAAGGAAGAGCAUAAAUUAUUUAAAUUAACAUAUAAUGCAUACAUACUGUGUAGUAAUAUAAAAUUGUGCUUGAAUAAAAUAAACUAUGUUAUGUACAUUGCAUCACUUACAGGACGUUUUAUUUUUUAGAAAAAAAUUGGUUGACUGCUUUUGUCUCUCUGUUAUGAAACAUUUCCUAUUUAUCUGCAAUUGAAGAUUUUUUUAAAUAUUAACAAUAUUUUAUCAAGUGAUUCAUCGUCCUUAAUCUUCAGCAAUGAAUACAUCCAUCAGUGUGCCCCAGUUCUGUUUCCACUUGUUCAUGGUUCAAUACUUUAGUUUCUUUUUGUUUGGACACUUCCUCUUUAUCUGUGAUUGAAAUUUAUUUAAUCAACAAGAUUUUGUCGCAAAGUGAUGCAUAGUCCUUGGUCAUCAACAUUGAAUACGUCCAUCAGUGUGCCCCAGUUCUGAGUUUACUUAUUCACGGUUCAAUACUUUAGUUUCUUUUUGUUUGGACACUUCCUCUUUAUCUGUGAUUGAAAUUUAUUUAAUCAACAAGAUUUUGUCGCAAAGUGAUGCAUAGUCCUUGGUCAUCAACAUUGAAUACGUCCAUCAGUGUGCCCCAGUUCUGAGUUUACUUAUUCACGGUUCAAUACUUUAGUUUCUUUUUGUUUGGACACUUCCUCUUUAUCUGUGAUUGAAAUUUAUUUAAUCAACAAGAUUUUGUCGCAAAGUGAUGCAUAGUCCUUGGUCAUCAACAUUGAAUACGUCCAUCAGUGUGCCCCAGUUUCUGAGUUUACUUAUUCACGGUUCAAUACUUUAGUUUCUUUUUUGUUUGGACACUUCCUCUUUAUCUGUGAUUGAAAUUUAUUUAAUCAACAAGAUUUUGUCGCAAAGUGAUGCAUAGUCCUUGGUCAUCAACAUUGAAUACGUCCAUCAGUGUGCCCCAGUUCUGAGUUUACUUAUUCACGGUUCAAUACUUUAGUUUCUUUUUGUUUGGACACUUCCUCUUUAUCUGUGAUUGAAAUUUAUUUAAUCAACAAGAUUUUGUCGCAAAGUGAUGCAUAGUCCUUGGUCAUCAACAUUGAAUACGUCCAUCAGUGUGCCCCAGUUCUGAGUUUACUUAUUCACGGUUCAAUACUUUAGUUUCUUUUUGUUUGGACACUUCCUCUUUAUCUGUGAUUGAAAUUUAUUUAAUCAACAAGAUUUUGUCGCAAAGUGAUGCAUAGUCCUUGGUCAUCAACAUUGAAUACGUCCAUCAGUGUGCCCCAGUUCUGAGUUUACUUAUUCACGGUUCAAUACUUUAGUUUCUUUUUGUUUGGACACUUCCUCUUUAUCUGUGAUUGAAAUUUAUUUAAUCAACAAGAUUUUGUCGCAAAGUGAUGCAUAGUCCUUGGUCAUCAACAUUGAAUACGUCCAUCAGUGUGCCCCAGUUCUGAGUUUACUUAUUCACGGUUCAAUACUUUAGUUUCUUUUUGUUUGGACACUUCCUCUUUAUCUGUGAUUGAAAUUUAUUUAAUCAACAAGAUUUUGUCGCAAAGUGAUGCAUAGUCCUUGGUCAUCAACAUUGAAUACGUCCAUCAGUGUGCCCCAGUUCUGAGUUUACUUAUUCACGGUUCAAUUACUUAGUUUCUUUUUCUUUCUUUUUUUUUUGAACACUUGUGAUUUUACUCUUUACCUGUGAUUGAAGUCUAUUUAAUUAACAAUAUUUUGUUAUAAAGUAAUGAAUCGUCCUUGGUCUUAAAAUAAUUGAAUACAUCCAUCAGUGUGCACUAGUCCUGUGUUGACUUGUUCAUGAUCACUCGCUUUUACACCUGAUUUUCCACUCCCUCCACUGCACUGUUGUUCAUGUCUUACGGCAUAUGUAGUCAUUUGCUGUGCAGUAUUGCAGUUUAUUAUCCUAUUAUUUUUUCAUACCUUUUAUUCAAAAUCUUGCUAAUCCAAAAAUCUGAACACUUUCAUGAGGAAAUAACAUUUUAAAAUAAUGAUUGUACAAAGAGUUAAAAUAAAAGUUAAAGCUUUUUAACUUCAAUAACACAUGAAGCAAAAUAAACAAAUCUUUGUUUAAGAUGGAUUAUUUGCUAAUAAUUCAACACAUAAUAAGUUAUGAAUGAUUUCUCUUGAAUAGCAAUGAAAAGAGAAACACAAAUCAGGUUAUUUUGAAAAUUUGAAACCGGUUCUUACCAUAAGUUCGGUUUAGAGGAGUAAAUUUGGCUGUAGCACUUAGGAAGUCCUUUUUUGUCUUUAAUAUUACUCAUUCAUUACAAUUUAUGAUUGUAUCACAAUUAUUAACCCUGUAAAUUCUGAGUUUUCAACUGUCACCCGAUAUUGCUGGGUUUAUUAACCGCACACAGAGCUGCUUCACAGUCAGCAUACAGUUGCGUGUUUCUUAUCCAUCAAUUUCAGCAACAUCUUCAUUUACCAAACUGCUGCUAGAAUCUCCUGGUUCAUCACAUCAGAUCGUAGUCAAUAAAUUGAGUACACAUCCUGAUCACCAUCAUUCUCAGAAAAGUUGCACACUGCUGAAUGCCCAACUCACAACAAAUCUAAAAUUGAUAAAGCGUCCUUGUCAUUAUUACAAAUAAUUCUUUCCAUACUAACUAAACCACAAGCAAAAUAAAAAAACACUACAGUACUAACUUCAAAUACUUCAUUGGAAAACAAUAGUAAACAAUAAUUUGUUAUUUCUAACGUCCAGAUAAAACUUCACCAUAUGCUUUUGUGAUAGUUUCUUAGUUGACUGUCAGAGUGUAGUAGCAAUUAAACAGCAUUGCUGUGGAUUUGUAUUAGUUCAAAUAUAAACUACUAGAGACCAAUGUGUAUCAUCUUAUAGCUGCCACGCGUCUUGUAGCGAAACAGCUGUUAGACACAUGAUGACAUGGCCGUGGCAGGUUGAACACAAAGUGGGAUUGCCCGUGUUAACACAGGCAUGGUAUUUACUGCAUCAAGAUGGUCUAACUAAGAAAAAAAAUUACCUAUUGAAGUCUUAUAUUUCAUUAGCACCUUAGAGUUUAGAUUUAUUUUCUAAGCUAGGCAAGAAUUUUCUCUUUAUUUAUCCAUAUUCUGUAUUAAUAAAUUUAAGUUUUUUUAUGUUCAAUUGAAAUAUAUUUUAAACAGCUUUUAUCAUGUAUGCCAAAUCUAAUUUCUUACAAGAAAUGUGCAAUAAUUAAUUAUUAGUAGAGUUAUAUGGUGUUACACAAAUUCACUCUUUAAAAAAAUGUGAAACUCCCGUGUUUAAUCUGUCCACAACACGUGUUUGGAAUCAUAAAUAUCAGGGUCUAACAGUGUACAUUUGUAUCAGUGUGUAUGUGUGUACGUAUGUAUGUAUGUAUUUAGUUUAUAAAUACAUAGCUUUAAUAGUUAAGUAAUAAUGAGUGAUGGUGGUGUGCAGUUUCGUGUAUUUAUUGUAAAUAUUACCUUGCUCUCUAAGUAUCAGCACUUGUAAAUAUUUCUUAUAGUUCUCUGCACACCGCCAUUCAUUAUCCGUAUGUUACAUUAGGUCUUACAAUACCUGGUUGAACUUCUUUGUUUUCUGGCCGAGCGUAAGGCAUCACAAUGCUUUUAUUUUACCAAAGAGACACAACACUGUUCACAGGACCAACUAUUAACCUGUAAAUAUUAGAUUAUAAAAAUAAAUAAAAUUUUGUACAUUAUAAGUAAAAGUAUACUUAAUUUUUGUUUUGUAUAUGAUAAAGUUUCAUAUUUUAAAAGUAUAAAUUCGAUCUACCCAGUGUACAGGUGUUUUAUAUAGUUAGCGAUAGUUAAAUCAUAGACACUUUGUUUGUAGUUCUGCAUUUUAUUUUUGUUAUUAACCGAGAAGUUGAUAUCGAUUUUUAAUAAAUAUUAUUUGUUUA